AUGGAAAACGAUUCCUCGUCGAUUUACGAGACACUCAGAAAUGAAACAAAUCCUUCAGAAGAUCAACAAAAGGAAAUGGAAAUCCCGUCUGCAUUAACAGCAGACUAUAUUGAAAUGAUUUAUCUAUGCUUUGUGAUCAUUGUCGGAACACCGUCGAAUUGUUUCAUUCUCAGGAGAUUGUGUCAGGAUUUAAAACGAACGCCAAAAGACAGUGUUAAGGCUGGUUUCCUCAUACUGAAGAUCAAUUUGAACAUCUCCGAUUUACUCCUUUUGUGCAUUUUGGCAUUUGGAAAGCUUUUAUGGUUGUUGACGUAUCAAUGGCCUUGGGGCUCAGCUUUGUGCAAACUCUACAAUUUCGGCUCAAUGGGAAGUGUGGUGCAUUUGCUUUUGAUUGGUUCAUGGUUUUUGGCGAUUCUCUGGUCAAUUCCACAGCUAAUCGUCUGGGAUGUGCAAGAGGUGGUGCCAGGCUUCUCACAAUGCACCGAUAUCUGGAUGAUCAAGAAACAUCUGAUCCACUUUGGUCGGGCAAAGGAAAGUGAUUACGGUUUUUUGUACAGCACUGUCAUGUCAUCCGCUUAUGAUAUUUCACAUUUGUUUUUCGUCUUUUGGGGUCCACUAAUUGUUCUCAUUAAAUGCUACGUCAUCAUUGCGAUUCGAUUAGUGAAAUACUCAAGAAGAGCGCCUGGACAACCGAGUCCCAUGAUUCGCCCGGAUAUGACUUCUGGACCGUCUGGUGUUGAGCAAUCGAUCUCACUGCAUCAAUUCGAAACUGCUUCCACGACUGUAUCCAUCGAUCGCCACAGCACACCGCGGGUAAACGUUAUCGCAACUCGCACGUUAUCUAACCCGCAUGAGAUUUCGGGUAUUCGACGAUCUUUUGACCGAUACAGUGAACGAGUGCCCAGCCCUGGAUUGAGAUCGAGUUCAAGAUUAGGCAGUGCUCUUCCAUUUACGAAAUAUUUUCACCGAAAUGGACACAGUAUGGACAAUAUCUUUUCAAAAGAUGAUGGAACACCACCAAAGAAAAUGUCUCGAGUCUCGGAUACACUUUCGGGCAAAGUGCCAGCAUGGAGGAGGCAGUUACGAAGCAAAGUCUUUCGAACAACACUCCUCGUCGUGAUCGCUCAUUUUCUUUUCUGGUUUCCUUACAAUUUUCUCGCCAUCAUGAACUAUAUAAAUGAGAAUUUGUAUCAUGAACUGAGCGAGAACGCGAAUAUUUUCAAAGACAUGCAACUUCUCAUCACUCUCAUCAAUCCUUUUCUUUACGGGUUUACACAU